AUGUAUGCAACACCUUCACUUCAAGGGAAACCCCUUCAAUCACUCCAUUUAACAGAAGAUGGAGUUCCAGCAUUUGUACCAGAAUGCACAAGUUUCAUCAAAAAGUUUGCAAAAACAGUUGGAGUUUUCAGAAUUAAUGGAAACAAAUAUUAUAUUGAGGAAUUAUACCAUGUAUUAAAUCACAAAGAAGUAGCUAUUCCUCCAUGCUGUCAAGUCCAUGACGUUUCUGGAUUUUUGAAGAACUGGUUGAUGAACAUACCGGAACCAAUUCUUAUUCCGGAAGUAUUCAAUCAAUAUUACGUAGAGCUUAGAGAAGAAUCUAUUUACGAUGUAAUUAAAAAUCUCCCUCAAAUUAAUAGGAAAUGCUUAGCUUACAUCUUUUCUGCAAUAAAUGAAGUAUUCAUCAAUGCUCACGUGAACCAAAUGUCUAUGGCUAAUAUAUCUACUUGUUUCCAAACUUGUUUAACUCAGGAUUCUACCAGAUUUCACAACCAUGUACCAUUUCCAAAGAUUUUUCAGCCAUGCGUUAAAAUACUUAAUGAAACUGGAUCUGACUUUGAUAUUCCGGAUAUGUAA